CCCAACUGCGCCUGCGCUGCACUUUCCUCUCCUCGACCUCGUCGAAAAACCCAAGCGGAUUAUUUUUGCAUGCGAAAGAAACCACUUCACUUCUUCGUCCCUGCUUCGUCAACCUGUUUCUCCUUCACCUAGUAGACCUCAUUACCUGAAGAUCAGCAUCCCAUCAUCCUUACCAUCCCAAUUUUCUUUGUCUUUGUCACUCUUCCAUCCCUACCAAAAGCCACGCUCUACACAUCCGUCUGCCUACGGCGGCCUUCGUCAGACCCCCCGGUUUCAUCAUCGACGCUCAGAGUUCCCACACCUCAUUUCGAAAGCCUCACCCUACGCAAAGUGGGGAAAUUAGCGCUUCUUCCGCCAACCCUCACUCACUGCUCCCGCACUCUCUGCUGCUGCAUACCUAGUCCUCGACUGUCUCUCUUUGCCUCGAGUCUCAACGUCGUCGUCCGCCCUUGAGCUCGUCGCAACGUCGACAAUCUUUUGCUGACUGGUGCCGGGUCGGACAUCUCGCCAAGUCUCAACUCUCUCCUUUCCUCAUACUCCGCGCGUCUCUCCUUCAACAUCCCUACGCUCCCUUCCUAAAUCGACUUGUCCGCCGCCAAAGUGGCUCCCACACUCCCCUAGCAUCCGACAAUGUCGCAAAACAGGCCCGGAGGAGUCUUCUCUGGCUUGCGCAUGGGCGAGGUUGUGCGGGAAAAGGUCCAGGAUGGCCUGACAGGCGAGACAAGAGAGAUGCAAUAUACACAGUGCAAGAUUGUUGGUAACGGGUCGUUCGGAGUGGUUUUCCAGACAAAGUUGUCCCCCGGUGGAGAAGAUGCUGCGAUCAAACGGGUUCUUCAAGACAAGCGGUUCAAGAAUCGUGAAUUGCAGAUCAUGCGCAUCGUCCGACACCCUAAUAUCGUGGAGUUGAAGGCCUUUUACUAUUCCAAUGGUGAACGGAAGGACGAAGUCUACCUCAAUCUCGUCCUCGAGUACGUCCCAGAGACAGUCUAUCGAGCUUCGCGAUAUUUCAACAAGAUGAAGACUACCAUGCCGAUCCUCGAGGUCAAGCUGUACAUCUAUCAACUCUUCCGAUCGUUGGCCUACAUCCAUUCACAGGGCAUCUGCCAUCGAGAUAUCAAACCGCAAAAUCUCUUGCUUGACCCUGCCACUGGAGUGUUGAAGCUGUGCGACUUUGGAAGCGCAAAAAUUCUGGUUGAGAAUGAACCGAAUGUUUCCUACAUUUGCUCCAGAUACUAUCGCGCUCCUGAGUUGAUCUUCGGCGCCACGAACUACACCACCAAGAUCGAUGUGUGGUCGACAGGCUGCGUGAUGGCAGAGCUCAUGUUGGGCCAACCGCUUUUUCCCGGCGAAUCGGGUAUCGACCAGCUCGUCGAGAUCAUCAAAGUCCUGGGAACUCCGACGCGCGACCAGAUCCGCACCAUGAAUCCAAACUACAUGGAGCACAAAUUUCCUCAGAUCAAGCCUCAUCCGUUUAAUAAGGUUUUUCGGAAGGCUUCUCCAGAUGCAAUCGAUUUGAUCUCGGCUCUUUUGGAGUACACACCAACCCAACGACUGUCGGCAAUCGAUGCGAUGGUUCAGCCUUUCUUCGACGAAUUGAGAGAUCCCAGUACACGUCUUCCUGAUUCCCGACAUGCAGGUGGCGCUUCGCGUGAACUUCCGGCCCUGUUUGACUUCUCGAGACAUGAACUUUCGAUUGCACCUCACCUUAACAACAAGCUAGUUCCAUCACAUGCGCGAACACUUCUUGCUUCUAGGGGCAUUGACCUGGACAACUUCACUCCUCUUUCGAAAGACGAGAUGAUGGCUCGGCUUGAUUGAUUCAAGGCUUGCCAAAAAUGUUACGAAGUCAUGCCGAGAGGGAUUUUGCUUCAUUCAUGCGAGCAUGUUCGUGGGGCGUCCAUGCAAACUGCGUUCGCCUGCCUCUAGAGCUGGGCAGUCAGUCAUCAUGUGUCUAGAUGGAUAUCUUAGCAUUGAACAAGGUAUCUGUCGCGAACAACAACGGGCUUAUUCAUGCGGGUCAGAAAUAUGGGCUGGGGCCUCGCGACAAUGACCUUGAUACAAAACAGGGCUAAGCUGAGCGUUUAUGAAAAAUUGACCUUGUAUUGGUCUGGCAGGGAAAGUUGCUCUCAUCACCAGGUCAAGGUAGCAGUGUGUUUGAGUUAUGGACGCAAAGGAAAGAAAUUGAAAGGGAGAACCUCGACCGGCUUGGGCGAAGGGCUUGUGCUCAGAAAUACGCAACAGACGAUAUGCAGCUGUUCGUAUAUUGAUACAACGUACAUCUUAUGACAGGAUGGACGUUAUUAGACAACUUCAACGGCAGAAGCUUGAGGAUUCUUUGACCUCAUUUACAGAUAUCGUCAGCCAGGGGUCAAGUAGAUUCGUGCCA